AUGAAGGCCGCCACUGUUGUUUCCUGCCUUGCAGCCCUUGCUAAUGGCGCCGCUAUCAACCUUGCUCGCCGAGAUGCAAGCCCUCUUGAUGUCAAGAUUGAGCAGGUCGGCAACAGCGAACUGAAGGCCACCAUCACCAACACCGGUAGCAGCCCUCUGCGAGUUCUCAAGACCGGUUCUAUUCUCGACGACACUCCCAUCGAGAGGGCUCAAUUCUCGACCGCCUCUACUGACGGUGUCAACAGAGUUGCGUUCAACGGUAUCCGCGUCUAUGUGCGCGACACGAACCUCCCCGAUUCUGCCUUCAAGACAAUCGGUGCUGGUGAGAAGGUCGAGGUCCAGUGGGAUCCCGCCGAGGUACACGACCUUAGCACCGGCGGCGAGUUUAAUGUUUCGAGUGUCGGAUCUCUCCGUUACGCUAAGGAGGGAAGCAACGACAUUGCUGGCCAGAUCGUCUACGAUUCGGGCGUCCUCACCGCCAAGGUCGAUGGAGUCAAGGCUGCUGAGGUCCACGCGGCGUUCUAUCAGAGCCUGGCUGCUAAGCGUGCCAACGUCCAGAACGACUGCACCGGAAGCAAGAAGACGACCGUUUUCAAGGGCCUUGCCGAGGGCCAGAAGCUUGCCGCCGCUGCGCAGACAGCUGCCAAAGCAGGUACCCGCGUGGAGCAGUACUUCCGUUCGAAGUCGUCGGGCACCAAGGCUGCUGAGGUCCUUGGCAAGGUCGCCGACUAUCUCGGCAGCUCGACUGCGGACGCCAAGAUGUACUGCUCCGAUCCCGGCGUCGACGGCUACAUUGUCCUUUGCGAGAACUCUUUCGAGGUCCCCGUAUCUGGCGCCGGUUGCCGCGGCACGGACCUGGCUUUCCUCAUGAUCCACGAGGCUACUCACUUGUCUGAGAUCGGUGCCACUGACGAUGUUUGCUACGGAUACGAGGGCUGCGUCGAUACCAUCAGCGCGUCUCAGUCGCUCGACAACGCGGACACGUUUGCCAUGUACGCCAGCGGUAUCAAGAACCGCUGCUAA